AUGGCUGUCUCAAGCCGACACAUCAACGCCUUUCCAAGCAGCGCCACUACAAGUCAACAAGACGAUCCUCAGAUUAUAACCUUCCCCACCCGGCCCGCCAUAUUGCCAGACGGUGUUGAUGUCUCCAACGACGUCUCCAAGCCUUACGUCACUACCGAACAAGAAGAUCACAUGAACAUCGUCUUCCCCGAAAAGCUCAGUAGUCUGCAAGAACCCGUUCCUACCGACGACCGUACCGUUCACAAAGUCGAGAAUGAGGCUGCCAACAUCAUGGAUGCGUCCUCCAGCGCGCCGAUCGCAGUGCAAGAAGAUAACAAAGUUAUCAGCUCAAUCUCUAGAGUCAUCCCAGCCUCUCAAGAGCAAGGCAGCCCCGGGGAGCAGCUUGCUGAUCAACCUUCGGACGAGUUCGCCCUGCAAGAAGACGUCGAAUUGACCAACUCACCGUCCGAACUCAUCGCAACAUCUGAUGAAUUCGAUAUCCAACAACAAGAUCUCGUCAUCCAGCGUAUCGACCAGCUUAAGUCUAGGAACAAAAACGCCAUUGCUGAGAUUGCGCGCGUCCAGACUGAAGUCAAUAGGCACCUGGUCGAAUGCCAGGACCACUACCUCCAGCUCACUCAGUGGCGUUUCGUCUACGGUCCCGCAAUCUCGGUCAUCACCAUUGGUCAUAACAACACUAUCAGCGCCUACGAGACCCAGAAGAUUGCUCUUGCCUCGAAAUUGGUCGAGCACGACAUCAAGAGGAUCGGAUCACUCAGCGCCUUCUAUCGCACUCAAAAGCAGUACUUCAGGUUGCUUGAGGUCAUGAAGAAGACGGAAGGUGAAAUCCAGGAGGCAAGCGGAGAGGCAAGUCGCGAAGUUAUGGAUUCGAAAGAAAGAGUCGAGAUGCUUGAGCAGUCCAGAGUUCAGAUGACCGAGACUUGGCUCGAGUGGUUGGAAGAGCUUGCUUGAAAGCAUUGGGGUCCUUUUGAUGCCGCUCCCGGGUUGUGACGCAGUCCAGCAAAAGUUUCUGGCAGUUCGAUGGCUCCAUUCGUGCGGCUACUGCAAGUCGAUGGGGCGUUCAGGUUGAUCUUUCACGCCGGCUCAGCAACUCCACAGAGUCACAGAUUUCCCUUCUAUUUUCAUUUCCAUUUACAUUGCACCUGCGUCAUCUUUGGAU